CAUUUAAGACUCAACAUCAUAAAGUGUGCUUCAAUUGAUAAGAGUCAUGGCCAACUGUAUUUUCUUGACAAUUAUCGCAGGUUUGUUGAGCGCAAGCUUAACAGAUGUUCUUUCCUUGCCGCCUCCAUAUAAUUCAAACGAGGUGCCUCAUUACUAUAAGGCGGUUGACGCCGAUCCGUUUGAAGUGGUGGACUCUUAUUACCUCUACAUACGAAAUUUGGAAGAAAUAGACGUCAUUUUGGAUCAAUUAGAAGACAGUUUCAAGGAUCUCCAAAUUCAAAAUAUAAGGAAAUGGUUUGAGAGUGAAUUUGAUACGGUUGGAUUUAUCUUGCGCAUGCCGGUCAUCAAGGGCCAGGAACAUCGUUACGCGCCAAUACUGGAACGGUAUGGCUCGGCUGCAGUACUUCCUAAACCGUCAAUACCUGUUGUACCACAAGUAAUCGUUGCAGAACCUUCAAAACCAACAAUUUAUCACAGCGAAGACGACGAUGUGAAAUUGGUGUCAACUGUUCCACCAGCUGAUUCUUUUCGUGUUAUUAAUCAUAACAUCCCGCCAACGGAACCACUGCAUCUCCGAGAAGAUGACGAAUUGGAAGAGUCAAAUAUUGAGCCGGCCCUCGUUCCAUCUGAUGUGACAAUUUCUGAAACUCAAGCAUCUAUUCAGCCAGAAACAGUCCAAACUCCUAUUUACCCAAGAUACGAAGAAGUGGCUGUUCCCAUCGGUUACGCUCAACAUUCCCAGGUUCCACAAGUUUCGCCAUCGGUAAUAAAAUUUCCUGUGGCCGAGCGUGAAAUUGUCCUACCAACAGCUAGGCCAGUAUCCCUCAAACCAAGAACCGUUAUUGUGGAAAACGAUGAUGUUGAACACGCCGCUACAGCACCGCUGCUUGCAAGCCCAAUUGAAGCAAAACCUGAUAAAGCUCUUGGGGCAGAUUGGUCCAUCAUCAACCCAAACUCGCCAAAGUAUUCGAUGAUUCAAUUGUACAAGCUUUUUCCUCAUAUUGCUAAGAUGAUUGGUUACAUGAACGCUCAAGAUUGCAAGGCGCGUGAGCUCACGGAUACAGACUUUCCAGAAAAUGUCAGUUUUCAAAAAUGGCUGACUGUUUUACAUGUACUCGAAGCUAACCACGUUGAGGGAUAAAGAAACAAGCGAAUUAUCCUAACAAAUAUUGUUUAUCAAUCAUUCAGCAAUUUGAAAUAAUAAAACAAUAAUUGCAGAUUA